AUGGUGGGGAUAAAUACUCCGAGAAAGGACAAUACACCCCUUUUGCAAUGCACGCACCAUAUGUGUCCCGUUCGUGUCCACUGGCACGUGAAGGUGAACUACAAAGACUACUGGAGAGUAAAAGUAGCUGUAACAAAUUUUAACUACAGAAUGAACUAUACACAGUGGACACUUGUCAUCCAGCACCCGAACCUCAACAAUGUAACGCAAGUUUUCAGCUUCGAUUACAAGCCAUUGGUCCCGUAUGGCUCCAUCAACGACACGGGGAUGUUCUAUGGCAUGAAGUUCUACAAUGAUCUGCUGAUGGAAGCUGGGCAAUUUGGAAAUGUUCAGUCAGAAGUGCUCAUGCAGAAGGAUAAAGACACUUUUACCCUCAGGCAAGGGUGGGCUUUUCCCCGGAGAGUGUAUUUCAACGGGGAGGAAUGCAUGCUGCCCUCACCCGAUUCUUACCCAUUUUUGCCGAAUUCUGCUCCGUCGAGUCUAGAUUCUUUCUUGAUAUUGACUUUCUCUGCUAUAGUUAUGUCGCUUAUUACGAUUUGGAGAUAA